AUGAAAAAUUCGGUGUUUUUGCUUUUUAUGAGCUGUGAAGUCUUGCAAGCUUCAGUAAUUCAACCUGUUGACUGGGACAGUUUGAUUCUUGGAGAUAAUUUUGUGAUCAACAGAGAAGAAUUGGUCAUGUUUAUUGAUGAUCCUUCAGUAGGUGACUGGAUUCUGCCAGAAAACAUGCUCGAAAUCUUCAACUCCACUCCCGCCUUUGACUUCAACCAAAACACCAUCAUCGAAUCUUCCGAAAUCGCGAUGCAAGAAAAUCUUCUUUCCUUCGUCAGAAAAUCCAACUGCCCCGGCUCUUGCUGGGACUUUCAUCCAUCGAAGGGAUGCUUUCUUGAGAGCGACAUUUUCGAAGAAAAAAUUGAGCAUAGCUGCUUGGCAAGUGGUGUUAGAAUUGAAAUCGAUGAGUGCAUCUUCGACCAUGCUAAUGAGGAAGGGGAAGGGGCGAAGUUGAGCGCGGGAGACUGCUUGCUUGAGUUUUCGAAGAUGGAAAUGCAUUUUGAAGAUCAAAGAAAUUUCGUAAGAAUCGAGCUAUCCGUUCACGACCUCAACAUCUGUGGAAUUUCCUUCGCCGAAGAGUCCGAAAGUCUAAUCCUUGAAUCUUCCAUUCACCUCUCCAACGAAGCGAAGCAUGAUGAAGAGCUUUUUAUCAGAUGUGAAUACGCGAAAACUGUAAUUAAGUCAUUCAUGUUCAAGACUUUUCAAAUGGAAAAUGAAGAAAAGGAAACGAUUUCGUCGACAGAAACGGGAGAUCUAAGCGGGUCAUUUGCACUGGAUCUCAUGGGCGUUGGGCCAAAACACGACGUCUUCAUUAUCGGCUCGACUAUUUAUGGAUCAGUCCUCUAUGAUUUCAGCGAAACAGGACUCGACGAGGCGCCAUUUCAGUUUUACAUUUCUGACUGCUCUGUUGGUGCUACAAACAUAGACUCAUCAUUCCCAAUCAUCGAAAACAACUGCCCAAAUGCCCUUGCCUCCCAAUACCUCGACUUCGAGCUGACUUCUGACCUCCUUUCUUCCUCCGACAAAACCUUUCAAUUCAAAGCAUUUGGAUUAUCCGGCGCAGAAGCAUACGAAAUGACCUGCUCAAUUGAAAUUUGCAUUGAUUCCUGCCCAACAAUAAUUUGUUAA